AUGGUCGCCAACCCCACUGAAACUCCUGCAUUUGCCGGCUCUCAACCCGAGCUUCCAGACAACUGGCAGACGUCUUCGGAUAUUUUUGAUCAGCUCUUAGACUUUUCUGAGCCUGUUGAUGAUUGGUUGAGCUUUGAAUCAGAGCCGGAUAGUAUCGCUUUGGCGAAAGCCCAAGCUGAAGCCGAUCCGGAUGGACUAUCGAUAUUACGCCAGCGACUGGCCACUACCUCAGUACCUUCUUUCCUGAUUCAACUGCCGGUGAUGCUAGUACAGUACUGGUUUCACACGGUCUGUAAUCAAUGGUCCUCUUUUGACUGCCCGCUGAACCCAUUCCGAAUCAUCCUGAGUCGACUUUGGAGCCGAAAUGCCGCUAUCUACUUCGCAAUUCAAAGCAUGUCAGCUGCUUCCCUGGCCAAUGAUUUCCCCAAUAUGCGAGCCAUUGGAAUCCAAACGCAGCAACAAGCAAUUGCCUGUAUAAACAAUGCUGCCCAGAAAGGACCCAAACAAACCAACGAUGACGAGUAUUUCCUAGCACUUCUCCUGGUUGGAUCUACUACUGGGUGGCACAACCCAUCUGAUCUAGGUCUGACCUACUUGAAGGCUGCUCAAGAUCACCUUACAAAACAAGAACGACGAUGGAGUAACUCGGAUCCCGCUUUGGCAAAAGAACACCCGCUCUUCAAGCAGUGCUUGCUCUAUUGGAACUUGCUGGCUGCUUUCGUUGCGGAAGAGUCUCCCAUUGUGGAUCUGGAAAGCCAUACUGAGAUCAGUGAACUGGAUCUCUCGAUCUAUCUUGUCGAUGGACAGGCACUACCCCACCCGUGGACGGGAUCUUUGAGAUAUGCCCUCAAUCUAUUCUACCGAACUGCAAGGGUGAUCCGGGCGGCAAAGACUAUGCACCGCAGAAGGGAUAGUACAUUGGAUCCUAGUUUGAUCGAUUUAAGCUCUAUGGCGGAAGAGCUUGAUCUGAGACAGAAAGCCGAAAUAAUUGAAGAGAAGAUUCUCUUCACAGGCUUUUCCUUCUAUUGUGGGCCUGUUGAUAUUGGCGAUUCCAACACACCGCCAUCACACUUCCUCACACUGGCCGAAGCAUAUCGCUGUGCCGCAAUUUUGCAGAUCUACCAUGUUUUCCCAGAUAUCCUCCAAGAGCGAUUACACAAGAAUGAGGCAGCCGAUGAUGAAAGUCCAAUCCCGGCGCUGUUCUUGUUAUUGUUCCCAGCACCUACUGGAUGGAACUCCCCCUCAGCAGAGGAUCUGCGACACACUCUGGCAUUGCAUAUUGUAUCUCUCCUGGAUCAACUGCCAUUGACUUCUGGAACAAAAGUGAUGCAACCAGUAAUAUUGGCCAGUAUUUCAAGCGACCUCGUUUUCACUUCUGGGUCGGUGCUCGGCGCAUCAGCAAACGCAAUCCCGAGUCUGAACACACUAGACGUUGAGAUCGCGCAGGCACGGCGCAAAGUUAAGAUGAGAUUGACCGAGCUUCUUUUGAUUUUACCGAAGCUUCCUAUGCAACGCAUCGUUAAUGUUGUACACGAAACUUGGGAUCGGGCGGAUUCUGGAUUGCAGGAGUUUUGGUUGGAUGUCAUGCUGGAUCUGAAUUUGGAAACAAUCAUGGGUUAG